AUGAAUUAUUGGCUACCAUUAAUCAAUUGGAUUAAUGAACAACAAAAUGUAGAAGAAAAUAGAUUAGAUUUAAAUGAAAUAAAAUCGAUGUUAAUAUUAAAAAUUUAUUAUGAUUAUUAUUGUCAAGGAGAAAAUAAUUUAAUGUUAUUACAUGAAUUAUUGGAAACAUUACAAAUGAACAUGGAAUUUAGUCCAGAAGAAAUACAAGUAUUUCGUGUUUUAUUAGAGCCAGUCGAAAAUAUGAUUGGUUAUAAUGACGAAAAACAAAAUUAUUUGAAUGAAAUAUUUAAAAUUGAUUCUACAGCAGAAGAUGAAUUAUCUAUUAGACAUUCAUUGGUUAAUUUAAUCAGUAUGAUAAUAUUGAGUGGUAAAGAAACUUUUCUUUGGAUAUUUAUAUUUCAACCAUUAUUAUUACAAGAUACGUAUGGUUUUGGUUCAACAACAGACACUGUUAUUAGAAUGGAUGGUAUCCAUUAUGAUUGUGGUUGUAUUUUACGUGAAACGGGUGAUUUAAUGCAAUAUUCUAAUAGAGUAAUACGACCAAAUGCUAUGAAUAUACCAUCAAUUUAUGUUGCUUAUUAA